CCCAGCAAAGCCCCUCCCUCCCUGUAGAAUCUUCCACAUUCGCCCAGAAAUGCACCGGGUCGCCAUGGCUAUGGGGAUCCCUCGGCGGAGCGCCCUGCUGCUCCUGUCCCUGCUGCUCUGCUUUGCCCUGGAGAGCAGCUGCGCUUUGCACACCAAGGGCGCCCUGCCCCUCGACGCCAUCACCUUCUACAAGGUAGAGCAAAUUGCCUUUUAUUUCGUUUUCUUAAGGGGAGGGAUGAUGCUGGAAACGACACUUGCAUGCUUUUGGGGGGGGAGGAUGAACUGGGGGGGGGGGGCCUUCUGCUCCGAUUCCUCCCUCCUCUCGGCGGACAUAGGGGCAUCUCUCUCAAAUCAUGCCCAAAAUUGCAAAUUGCAUUUGCAAAAGUCCGGCGUUGCGCGCCCGAUUUGCUUCUUGGUUAAAGCGAUUUGCCCAUCGCUCCUGCUCUCUGCUUGGGAUGCCUGAAAAGAGAUCAGCUGCGCAACACGCCCCCUCCUCAUAUUAGUGGGUGGCAGAGGGCAUAGUCCAACUGGAUUAUGGGGGAGGGGGCGCGCCCCUUGGCAUGAAGCAGGAAAGAAGGGAAGGGGGUGUUGGAGAGGACAAAGGCGACCUGGAAACAGGCUAGGUGCAGCCAUACUAACAAGAAUCCCCGCGCAUGCAGUAUUUGCGGUAGGUUUUUAUUUUUAUUUUGUUGCUUUUAGAUCCCACUUUCCAUCCAGGGUACGCUCAAGGUGGCAUGGAAAGUUCUCCUCCCCCUUUUAUCCCCACAGCAACCCUGUGAGGUAGGUUAGGCAGAGAGUGAGAGACUGGCCCAAGGUCACCCAGUGAGCUACAGGGCUCUGUGGAGGAUUUGAACCCAGGUCUUAGGCCUGCUUUUUGCACACACUAGCUUGGCAUCACAUUUCCAGGACACAAAGGCCUCUGAACACAACAGAAAUCUCACCCUGAAUUAUUUUAGCCCCGCUGCCUUAAAUUAUGUUAUCCGAUCAUACAGAAUCAUGCAUGUUGAUAGCAGUAGAUUGCAAUAUUGAUUCAAUGGAUUGGAUUAGAUUAAAAAUAGAGCCUUUAUACCACUGUUACUAUUGAUAUUCCAUUAGUAUCCUGUGUUUUUGUUGGGGAACCUGAAGGAGUUAUUGUGCCUGUUUUCUUAGUGGAAUUUACUCCUGUGUAACUCCACAAGUAUUGCAAGUGGGGCGUUUCACUCCCACUUCUUUCUCUGCCCUUAGUUUCUGAUAUGCAACCUGCAGUUUAAUUGCAAAAUUUGUCUCCUUGCUCCACCCAGUCGAGGGAGGCGGCUUCAGACAGUCACCAAUCAUAGUUGUCCAAGUGGAUGCCAAGGGCAAUGCAAACUUGCUUUGCUUUCCAGGGUGAGGAGGGGCACAAUUUGUGCCCGAUUCCUGAAUCAGCACCAAGGAUUUCUCCCCUGAGCAAAAUGAAGUGAGAGUACCCCUGAGAAUAUGCAGAGAGCUCAUUUCCAAGCAAGAAUAUGGAAGGAUCAGUCCUGGAAUGGUGGGUGGAAAAUGGGUUCAAGACAAAUUAAGAGUCCCAGCGACUCCUUUUGAAUAUACACACACAACACACACCCUCCCCAUUGUAUAUUCCUAGCCUCAGAGGUGUACUUCCUCUUGAUAUGGAGAAUUUAUUUUCCUGUAAUAUACAAUACGUGGGACGCAUAUUAUAGUAUAUAAUAUAUAGGGACGCGGGUGGCGCUGUGGGUUAAACCACAGAGCCUAGGACUUGCUGAUCGGAAGGUCGGUGGUUUGAAUCCCCGCAACGGGGUGAGCUCCCAUUGCUCGGUCCCUGCUCCUGCCAACCUAGCAGUUCAAAAGCACAUCAAAGUGCAAGUAGAUAAAUAGGUACCACUCUGGCGGGAAGCUAAACGGCGUUUCCGUGCGCUGCUCUGGUUCGCCAGAAGCGGCUUAGUCAUGCUGGCCACAUGACCCGGAAGCUGUACGCCGGCUCCCUCGGCCAAUAAAACGAGAUGAGUGCCGCAACCCCAGAGUCGGUCACGACUGGACCUAAUGGUCAGGGGUCCCUUUACCUUUAAUAUAUAAUAAGCCAGCAGUAAACCUCUUCUUCCAGCAAAAUGUUAAGAACAUACAAAGACCCUGCAGGAUCAGGUUAAUAGCUCAUCUAGUCCGCCAUCCUGUUCUCGCAGUGGCCAACCAGGUGUCUGUAUGAAACCGGCAAGGAGUUUCUGACCACAAGAACACGCUUCCUUCCUGCAGUUUCCAGAAGCUGGUUGUCAGAAGCAUUGCUGCUCCAAUUGUGGAGCCCAGAGCAUAGCCAAUUGGCUAGUAGAAGCCAUCAGUAGCCCUCUCUUCCAUUCAGGUAUUUGAAGAAGUGUGCAUGCACAUGAAAGCUUAUACCCAGAACAAACAUAUAAAUAAAUAAUAUUUUUUUAUUUAUACCCCGCCCUUCCCAGUUCAGAAAACGGGGCUCAGGGCGGCUAACAACAAAUUUAAAACACUUAAUUGAUACAACAAAAAAAGCAUAAAAUACAGUAUAAAACGUGAAUAACAAUAAAUUCAGAAAUCAAUUUAGGGGGAAAAUCCAUUCAAUAAACAUUAGAUGAUCACCAGGGCUAGCUGGCUAAAUUAGUCCUAUUUGGGCCAGCGAGGAGACCAGGGGAGAAUUAGCUGUGGGAUCCCAGAGCGGGUAAUAAAAAGGGGAGGGGGAGGGAAGGAAGGGGAAUAAAAGAUCAGGUUAAGUUCAAAUUGAAAGCCAGGCAGAAUAGCUCUGUCUUAAACUUAGUUGGUCUCUAAGGUGCUACUGGACAAUUUUUUAAUUUAUUCCUCUCUUCCAUUAAUUUGUCUAAUCGUCGAAUCAAAUAAUUGUAGAAGGAACCCAGGAAUAUACAUCUGUCCCAUGCGGGAAUCAAACCUGCAACCUUAUCAGCACCGCACUCUGACCAACUGAGCUACGAACCGCCACCCCCGCCCUAAAUUACAUUUCUGAAAAGAAGUAAGGGGAGGGGAGGUAACCAGAAAUGGAUUUUUGUGCGUGGAAGGACUGUGAGGUCCAUUCAGUUCUGCCACUCAAAAUAAAUUCCCGGGCUCAUAAUUCUGAAUGAAAGAUCUUUUGCUCCCAGCUCUACUCAAUGGGUCUCCUGGGAGUCUAGUUAAAAACAAAGCAGAUCCCAUGAGCAUAGCAUCUGUGCACCCCUGCUAGAUCAUAUAUGUUAGAUUAUAUGUAGCGGUAUUAUUGCACCUGUGCUUGACUGGAAUUUCAACCAGCUUGAAGAGCUUAUUAUGCUGAGGAAUUGAAUGGAAGCUCUAGGGUGCAACAACUUAUUAAUUUUUGAAAAAGAAUUUAGGAUUCCUAUCUUGCUAGCUGCAUUUCCAGAGUACGUUUGCGUGUAGUCAUAACCGCUCAAAUUUUAUUAGCCUACUGUUAACACAUAGCAUUUCUGCAGCAAAGUCCAGGCAUUUUGCACUUAUUACCUUGCUAAGUCAAAAUUAAGCAAGGCUGCCUCAGAGGCGUGGGAACUGGAGCGUCUCCGCCUAAAGCCUGGGAACUGUGCAACUCCAGACAAGUCACAUCCUGCACUUUUGUGCCCUGCAGCAGUUCUGUCCGAUAAGUGGGGUGCAGCAAGAAACCCCACCUCCGUGCAUUUAAAAAAUAUUUAAAUUAUUAAAUUUUAUUAAAUUUUCAAUAACGAAGAACAAACAUCAUAUUUCCCUUUGUCCUUUUUUGUUGUUGAAUGGGACUAUCCCUGGAGAAUAGCCUGUUUUACCCUUCUGUAAAAUGAGCUUAGUGACAGCCAACUCUGCAGAUUCACAUGAGGAUUGCACCUUAGAAUAGCUUUUUAAAUGAGAUGUUUGGUGGGGCAGCUGCCUUGCAUGCAAAAAGCUCCCUGGCCUCUUCAGUUAUAAAAGGGGUUUCAGACGGGCAGCACUCUGGCCUGAGGCCCUGGAGAACUGCUGCCAGUCUGUGUAGGCAAGGCUGGCAAGGUGGACUAAUGGCAUGGCUCAGUGCAUUACUGGAAAUGUGGCACAUAUGCUAUUAGUAUAUAAAGCCAGUAGCAACCGGGGACCAGUUUACCUAUGAGAUUGCCUUACAGCAUAAAUGCCCACUCAGCUACUUUGGUAUACAGAACUGACACAGGUGCCCCAUAAUAUCUGUACAGUGGUGCCUCGCAAGACGAAAUUAAUCCGUUCCGCGAGUCUCUUCGUCUUGCGGUUUUUUCGUCUUGCGAAGCACGGCUAUUAGCGGCUUAGCGGCUAUUAACGGCUUAGUGGCUUUAAGAAAAAGGAAACAAACUCGCAAGAACUCACAAGACGUUUCGUCUUGCGAAGCAAGCCCAUAGGGAAAUUCGUCUUGCGGAACGACUCAAAAAACGCAAAACCCUUUCGUCUAGCGAGUUUUUCGUCUUGCGGGGCACCACUGUAUCUGCAUUUGUAAGAAAUCAGUCUUUUAGUAUGAUACUCAGCACCCUAAAACCGCUGCCUGCUGACAUCAGACGGGUGCCUUCACUGUCCUCUUUUUGGUGCCUGCUGGAAACCUGAAGGAGCGUCUCCACCCCCAUCGUUCAGCCCGGACACUGAGGUCCAGCUCUGAGGGCCUUCUGGUGGUUCCCUCACUGCAAGAAACCAAGUUACAGGGAACCAGGCAGAGGGCCUUCUCAGUAGUGGCGUCCGCCCUGUGGAACGCCCUCCCAUCAUACUAUCUGACUUUUAAGAGACAUCUGAAGGCUGCCCUGUUUAAGGAAGCUUUUAACAUUUGAUGUUUUAUCGUGUUUUUAAUAUUCUGUUGGGAGCUGCCCAGAGUAGCUGGGGAAACCCAGCCAGAUGGGCGGGGUAUAAAUAAUAAAUUAUUGUCAUUGUUUAGGCAAAUGCACCCACCGAUUUAGAACUUUUGACAUGUUUUAAUCUGUUUUUGGCUUAUCGUCAAUUUUGAAAUUCCGAAUGUUUUAAACAGCUGCUUUUAACUGUUUUCGACGGUAACACAGAAUCCUAUUGGCUGAAGAUAUUUUAAGAUUGAAUUAAUUUGUAUUUGUAAAUUUAUAUAAGAUUACUUACACAAUAUUGGGGUUUUUUUGUUGUUUUGUUUAUUUAGGGUUUUUUUUCCUAUGAAUUUCAAUUAAGUAUGGCUUUUUAAAAAAAGAUAUUUUAAGAUCUAGAGUCAAUUGACUAAAUUAUUUCUGGAUGUCUAGGAACGUAGCUAAAGUUGGGGGUCAGCACUGGUGUUUGAGAAGGAGCAAUACAGUGCCUCUCAAUGGUCAAGGAUGAUGGGACUUAGUGCCCAGUCAUUAUUGAGGGAGACAGGCAGGGUGGGGACAGGUUCCCCAUCCCAGCUGUAAAGCUUGAGUGACCACUGACAGCCUCAGGUUAUAUGUUAUAUGUCAGAAUGCCUCAGGUGUUUUGCAGAUGACUUUGGAAACCAGAUCGCUUCCAGACAGCGCACAUUCAGAGCUUUUGUGGUGCUUUCCUUUUAGGUGAUCCCGAAGCACAAGUUUGUGCUGGUGAAAUUUGACACCCAGUAUCCUUACGGAGAGAAGCAGGAUGAGUUCAAAAAGGUGGCCGAAAGCUCAGAAUCCAGUGACGAUUUGUUGGUGGCCGAGGUGGGGAUAUCAGGUGAGAUGCUUAUGGCGGACUUGUACACAGAUCAUGAGGUCUAUAAAUUUGUCUUUUACUUCUCUUCUUUUUUAAAAUGGAUGCCAGAUUAACUGUUGUAUCUCUUAACACUGUGCAAACAUCGAUAACGGAGGCAGGGCUUUUUGCUUAGGAUAAGCUGAUCAGAAUGACGCCUUUCUUCCUGAAUCUCUGCAAACAUCUCUUCCUCCUGUCUGAUGCAACAUACUGAGUUUAGCAGAGCUUUAAUUGUAUUAACUGGUUGACGUUGCUGAAUAUUGUGUGUGUGAGAGAGAGGGAGAGAGAUGGUCUUGUGGAUUAUUAAGAAAUAGGGAGUAAACUCACUGACUAAGAUAUUGAAAUUUUUGUUUUUCGGGGGGAGGGAAAGAAUUUGUGUUGAAGAUGCUUAGAGGGAGGCAGAAGAGACAGGCAUGGCUUUAAUUUCCUCUUUCCCCCUGUGAUUGCCCAGUCCGCAGGAGGAAUUUUUCCUAAGUUCCCCACUCCCUUGCAUUUUGAUUUGAGGAGCAGGGAAACCAUGGGAGAGGGCUAGUCAUUACUGAUUUUUAAGUUCUAUGGGUGGAGUGAGAAAAGGUGCUACACACAGCCAGAAACACAGUGCUUACCGUAUUUUUCGCUCCAUAAGACAGACCUGACCAUAAGACGCACCUAGUUUUUAGAGGGGGAAUGCAAGAAUUUUUUUUUUUUUUAAGGGAGCGAUGAGCAGAGUCUGUAUGCAUCCCAGGCUGUGCUUAGCGCUCCCUUUCAUGAGCUGCGUGGAGCGUGUGUGCGGCGCUUGCAGGCUUUUCCCCAGGAGGGAGAAGGGCAGCUCUGCGCGGCUCGUGAAAGGGAGCGUGGCUCUUGGGGGCUUUUGUGGGAGGUGGGGGAAGGGACUGAGGGGCUGCCCUCUGUCGCUUCCCCCACCUCCCACAAAAGCCCCCAAGAACCGUGCGCUCUUUAAAGGGAGCACGGCUCUUGCGGGCUUUUCUACAAGGUGGGAGAAUCCCCCCACCUCCCGCAAAAGCCAGCAAGAGCCCUUCUCCCUCCUCGGGGAAAAGCCCGCAAGAGCCGUGGAGCAUGUGUGUGACUCUUGGGGGCUUUUCCCCGAGGAGGGAGAAGGGACUGACGGGGGGGGGACCCCCCAAGAGCUGCACACACGCUAGGCACGGCUCUUUAAAGAGCACGCGGCUCUUGCGGGCUUUUCUACGAGGUUGGGGAAUUCCCCCACCUCCUGCAAAAGCCAGCAAGAGCCGCGCGCUCUUUAAGGGAGCACUGCUUUUGCGGGCUUUUCUAUGAGGUGGGAGAAGGACACCCCGUCAGUGACAGGCUGCCCUUCUCCCUCCUCGGGGAAAACCCCGCAAGAGCCGUGUGGAGCAUGUGUUCGGCUCUUGGGGGCUUUUCUCGCCUGCAUUCGCUCCAUAAGACGCACACACAUUUCCCCUUUUUAGGAGGGAAAAAGUGUGUCUUAUGGAGCGAAAAAUACGGUGCUUCAUUAUUUCUAAACUUGCUUUUUUUGUGAUGGGGUGGACGAGCUUGGACCUUUAGAGAAACAGGGGACUUGGUUGCAGGGAGGUGAAAGCAGCUUGCAAAAACGGCGGGCACUCUCAUUCCAUUUACCUGCUCCUUAUCAGAGAGGGAGAAAAUGUAGCAGCGUAAGAAGUUCGCUGCUGGAUCAGGCUGAAGGUCCAUCUAGCUCAGCAUCCUGUUCUCAAAGUGGCCAGCUUGAUGCCUCAAUGGGAAACCCGCAAGCAGGAUCCGAGCACCUGCAGUUCUCAGCAGCUGGUAGUCAAGUGCAUGAUGCAGAUGACAGCGGAGGUACAACACAUUCCAUAGGAUUUGUCGUGUCUCCUGCCGGUUUGCAAGUUGCUGAUUGCGUUUUGCUUUUUGCAAAAUUAUUCGUGUUGACUGCACCAAUGAAUCGCAGGAAACCCUCUGUGUGUGUUUGCUUAAAAAGAGCUGGGAUGGGGAGAGAGAGAGAGAGGUUGCAAGGCUUGCAAUGUGUGCAGUUAUGAGGUAUGGGGUAUUUUGAGGAAGCACCCCAUGCAUAAGACUGGUGUGUGUGUGUGUGUGUGUGUGUGUGUGUGUGCGCGCAUGUGCAUGCUCCUUUCUGCAUCAUCACUUUGCCUGGGAAUGUGCAAGACAUGUUGCGUGACAAGUGCUGUUUGCCAGCCUCACACAGGUGUCUCCUAAGCACACACACAACCCCCAUCCGUUUUGCUAUGGAAAUGGGAGAAGCCUCUACCGGCCCAAGGGAAUCCCUGAUCUUACACAAGUGAGCAGUGAUCUUCCGUUGCAAGCAGGGGGGUUCUGAUAUGGGAUUCUCCCUUCUACAGGGGGCAGGCUUUCCCUACUGGCUAGAUGGAUCUUUACCAUGUGUUCACUGGUUAGGAUUUUAGCAUUUUAUUAAACAUAUUAGGUUUUGUGUGUGUGGUUUUAUCUGUUUUUAAUUAUCUUACGUGUGAAUCGCCCUAAGACAGUGGUUUAGAAGGCGAUUAAGGAAUUAAUUGUAAUAAUAAUAUGGUGCUUCCCCAGAAUAGAGAUCCCCAUUAAGUUAAGUUAGGCCUAAACGGCCUCAGUCCUGUACAGCUGAAGGAGCAUCUCCACCCCAUUGUUCAGCCCGGACACUGAGAUCCAGCGCCGAGGGCCUUCUGGCGGUUCCCUCAUUGCGAGAAGUGAGGUUACAGGGAACCAGACAGAGGGCCUUCUUGGUAGUGGCGCCCAACCUCUGGAACACCCUCCCAGCAGAUGUCAAAGAAAUAAACAGCUAUCUGACUUUUAGAAGACAUCUGAAGGCAGCCCUGUUUAGGGAAGUUUUGAAUAUUUACUGCUGUAUUGUUUUUAACACUCGAUUGGAAGCCACCCAGAGUGGCUGGGGAAACUCAGCCAGAUGGGUGGGGUAUAAAUAAUAAAUUAUUAUUAUUAAGUGGUGCUUACUUCUGUGUGGGUAUAGGACUCAGCUCCUCUGUCCCGAGUCUAGAACAUUUCAAAAUGAAAAACGAUACAGUCCAGAUUUAGACACUUUAAAAACCCACAGGUUUCAGUGAGAAAGACUAGUACGUGUUUAUUCACUGAAACCAGGGCGGUUAAACCGCAGCUCUCCAGAUGUUGCUGAACAACACUUAACAAUCUUGAUCGUGGACUAUACUGGCAGUGGCCCAGCUGUCUGGGAACAUGUUGCAUGAGUUUUUGGGUUUCCCAUUGGGCACUGUAGGAUUGCAGCCAUAGCCUUAGGCAACCAUAGCCCCAUUUUCAAGUCCUGCUGUUUUAUUAUCGGUCUUCUGUUCGCAGAUUAUGGUGACAAGCUGAACAUGGAACUGGGGGAGAAGUACAAGCUUGAUAAAGACGCUUACCCGGUUUUUUACCUGUUCCAAGAUGGCGACCUGGAUAACCCUUUGCCUUACCCUGGGCAGGUCAAAGCGAGCUCCCUGCAGCGCUGGCUGAAGAGCCGGGGGAUCUACAUGGGGAUGCCGGGGUGCCUGAAGGAGUUUGACACCUUGGCCAGCAAAUUUGUGGGUGCCACGGAAGAGCUGGAGCGCCAGGCCCUCCUGGAAGAAGGGCGGAAACUCCUGGCCAGGGCGAAGGAGACAGAGCAGAAGUCCUCGGAGCAGUACGUCAAGGUCAUGAGCAAAAUCCUCGCCCAGGGGGACCAGUUUGCCGCCAGCGAAGUCUCCCGAAUCAGCAAGCUCAUUGAGGAGAACAAGAUGAGCGAGGGCAAGAAGGAGGAACUCCAGAAGCGCUUGAACAUCCUUGCUUCCUUCCAGAAGAAGACCAAGGAGGAGAAGGAGGAACUUUGACAUGCUAGGAAUGGCGUGCUCUGUGGAAUCUUAAGUGGGUCGAGGUCCCCAUCUGGUGCUCCUUCAUGCAAGCAAAAAAGCCCCGCUCUCUUUUAACAAAUUCCCCUCAUAGAGAAGCUUCCCACAUACACACAUGCACAUCCUUUUUAAACUUUUAUUUUGAAUGAAAGGCAUCCCUUAGGUGCCACUCAGAACAGUACGGAGACUGCCAUCGUUCCCAGCGCUGUUGAGAGAAUUGGAGGUAGAAGAUCCGUUAAUCCUUUGUUUCAAAAGGCAAAAAAAUAAAUAAUUUUCCUUUCCCUUUUCUCCUCCUCUAAGAAAAAGGCUUCUCCUCACAGGUGUUGUCCAUGCCAGUCGUGUUUCCAAGAUGGCCGCCCUCAGGACUUGGCGCAGCUUCUUCUUCACUGGUGGGGUUUUCAAAAUGGCUGCACUUGGAACACGAGGCGACCGGUUGUCAUUGCUUGAAUUCUCAAGGUGCAGCCAAUCCUGGCCCCACCAGGCCUGUAACGUUGUGGACCGUGCCAGCUGGCCCACAACCAAAAGAGAAGGCUUAUUGAGUCAUUGGGUGGGGAGAGUUGCCAGAUAUUCAUGGCGGGCUGCAGUCAGCGUGGUGAGCUCAAAAUGGCCGCCCUCAGAAUGCUGCUUGGUGUUCUGGCGGGCAAUGGAAGAAGAUGGCCGCCCUCCCUGUUUUUGUGUGAUCUGCGCUGAGGAAUUCAACCAUCCGAGCAAGCAGGGGGUGGAAUCAUUUCUGUGUGUGUGUGUGUGUUUUUGGGAGCCCAGGUUUGGCCAAAGCAAAACAUGCAUUUGAGAUGGGGAGGCAAAAAUGGCGUUCGUCUCUUUACUGACCAGUAUUUGCAAAAAUGUUUUUUGGAGGGGAAUUACAUGGGUACUUAAUUUGCUAAUAAAGGUUAUUGGGCGGAAAAUUCGCAGUCGGGUUAUUAUUUCCCCCCCAUUUCUUGCUGCUUUUGUCAACAAGAUUAGCGUUGCCCUCUGUGCUGAGCGAAAAAAAAUGGAGCUCUCAUUCGAUCUGAACUCUUGCUCAGAGCAGUUUGCGAUUUGUGAGAACUGAUUGUGGAAGUUGGCACUUCAAUAUGAUUGAUUUUCCUCCUUUUUUUUGUUUUGUUUUAAAUAAACUUUUAAGUGUUUGAG